AUUUCCAGAAACACCCUGGGUGCGGCAUUUGUUGCUACAAGAAACAUCCAUGCCUCCAAAACAUGCUUUCAGAAAACUGGUACUGCUGAGGUAUCCUCUAUUCUUGAGGAACGUAUUUUGGGAGCUGACACCUCUGCUGAGCUUGAGGAGACUGGUCGUGUGCUCUCAAUUGGUGAUGGUAUUGCCCGUGUGUACGGCCUGAGAAAUGUCCAAGCAGAAGAAAUGGUUGAAUUCUCUUCUGGACUGAAGGGUAUGUCCUUGAAUUUGGAGCCCGACAACGUUGGUGUUGUCGUGUUUGGUAAUGACAGACUGAUCAAGGAAGGGGAUGUUGUGAAGAGGACUGGUGCCAUUGUGGACGUUCCCGUUGGGGAAGAGCUGCUGGGCCGCGUUGUAGAUGCCCUGGGCAAUCCAAUUGAUGGGAAGGGUCCUGUUACAUCCAAGACGCGUAGAAGAGUUGGCUUAAAGGCCCCUGGGAUCAUUCCCAGAAUCGCUGUGCGUGAACCUAUGCAGACUGGUAUUAAGGCUGUGGACAGCUUGGUGCCAAUUGGUCGUGGCCAGCGUGAGCUGAUCAUUGGUGACAGGCAGACCGGGAAAACUUCAAUUGCAAUUGACACAAUAAUCAACCAGAAACGAUUUAAUGAUGGAACAGAUGAGAAAAAGAAGCUGUACUGCAUCUAUGUUGCAAUUGGCCAGAAGAGAUCUACUGUUGCUCAGCUGGUGAAGAGGCUUACUGAUGCAGAUGCCAUGAAGUACACUAUUGUGGUUUGUGUGUCUCCCACACCAUCCGAUGCCGCACCCCUUCAGUAUCUGGCUCCCUAUUCAGGCUGCUCCAUGGGGGAAUACUUCAGAGACAAUGGAAAACAUGCGUUAAUCAUCUAUGAUGAUUUGUCCAAACAGGCUGUUGCCUUUCGUCAGAUGUCUCUGCUGCUGCGUCGUCCACCUGGUCGUGAAGCCUACCCAGGUGAUGUGUUCUACCUGCAUUCUCGCCUGCUGGAGAGAGCAGCCAAAAUGAACGAUUCCUUUGGAGGCGGCUCUCUGACUGCCUUGCCUGUCAUUGAAACUCAGGCUGGUGAUGUGUCUGCUUACAUUCCAACCAAUGUCAUCUCCAUCACUGACGGACAGAUUUUCUUGGAAACUGAGUUGUUCUACAAAGGUAUCCGUCCAGCCAUCAAUGUUGGUCUGUCCGUGUCCCGUGUAGGUUCUGCUGCUCAGACCAGGGCUAUGAAGCAG